GGCCGUGGCGCGUGGGCAGGUGUGGGCGUCCGUGAGCGCGCGGGGUCUCUGGCGGUGGACCUGCAGGUAGUCUCCGCCGGUGCUGAAGGCUUUUGUCUGCACACUUUCCCCUCAGCGCUGGGGACGACCUGAUUUCACUGUUAGGAACUGUUGAUCCUGAACACAGGAAGAGGGACGCGCCAGCUGUGUGCACGUCUCCUGAGAGCCAAAAGGGCGAAAUAAAACAUGAACACGAUCAUAAUGAGAUUCUGAAGAUAUUUUGAGCACUAUUAUAAUACAUGCAUUGGCUCAAUACAUGAAUUGGAUCAAAUCUUCAGCAUUAACAAGAUCAUAUUUUGGCUAAAGUCAAAAUCUUGGACUACAGUUUAUUUAUCAAGCAUGCUGAUCCCAUUUUCAAUGAAGAAUUGCUUCCAGUUACUUUAUAACCGCCAGGUCCCAGCAGCUGGCUUUAAAAAAACGGUAAAAAAUGGAUUCAUUAUACAUUCAAUUUCCAAUGAUGUCUAUCAAAAUCUGGCUGUAGAAGACUGGAUCCAUGACCAUAUGAAUCUAGAAGACAAACCAAUUCUAUUCUUUUGGCGGAAUUCUCCCUCUGUUGUAAUUGGUAGGCAUCAAAAUCCUUGGCAGGAAUGUAACCUGAAUCUGAUGAGAGAAGAAGGUAUAAAACUGGCUCGGAGAAGAAGUGGAGGAGGAGCAGUCUACCAUGAUAUGGGUAAUAUCAAUUUGACUUUCUUUACAACCAAAAAAAAGUAUGAUAGAAUGGAAAAUCUGAAACUAAUUGUGAGAGCUCUGAAUGCUAUCCACCCUCAGCUCGAUGUGCAGGCUACCAAAAGGUUUGACCUUUUACUUGAUGGACAGUUUAAAAUCUCAGGAACAGCCUCUAAGAUUGGCCGGACCACUGCCUAUCACCAUUGCACUUUAUUAUGUAGUACUGAUGGGACGUUCUUGUCUUCUUUGCUGAAGAGCCCUUACCAAGGGAUCAGGAGCAAUGCCACUGCUAGCAUACCUUCCUUAGUGAAAAAUCUUUUGGAAAAGGAUCCCACUCUGACCUGUGAAGUACUAAUGAAUGCUGUCGCUACAGAGUAUGCUGCUUAUCAUCAAACUGAUAAUCACAUUCACCUAAUAAACCCAACGGAUGAGACACUGUUUCCUGGGAUAAAUAGCAAAGCUGAGGAACUACAAACCUGGGAGUGGAUAUAUGGCAAAACUCCAAAGUUUAGUAUAAAUACUUCCUUUAAUGUGUUAUAUGAGCAGUCACACUUGAACAUUAAAGUAUUCAUAGACAUAAAGAAUGGAAAAAUUGAAAUCUGUAAUAUUGAAGCACCUGAUCAUUGGUUGCCAUUAGAAAUACUUGACAAAUUAAAUUCAAGUCUUGUUGGCAGUAAGUUUUGUCCAACUGAAACUACCAUGCUAACAAAUAUAUUACUUAGAACAUGUCCACAAGACCACAAACUACACAGUAAAUGGAAUAUUCUCUGUGAAAAAAUUAAAGGAAUAAUGUGAUUUUAAGUAAAUUUCUUAAUCAGUUAAGUUAGAAAAUAAAGUCUCAUACAUGCACAUUG